AUGUUUGUCCCAAUUCCAAGGAAGCGGAGCAAACUGGGAUAUGAUAUCGCUCCCUUCGCCUUGCUGCGGUUCUACAGCUCCGAAAUGAGCACGCGCGGCAAGUUUGCAUUCAAGAUGACUCGUGAGAAACACGAGAACAGCUUCGAGCAAAGCAUUGCUCGAGCUACCGACAUUUUAAGCGAGGUCUGA